UCUAACUGUGAACACAGUUCCGAGAGAAGGAGAAAACCCGACACCCCGGAAAGUCGUGCCUUGAAUUGGAUCUGAUUGAUUUUUUGGUGUGCAGGUGCAUCGUCGAAUAACACAGAAACAGCGGAAAUGGCUUUGACUCUGUGCACCGGCAAGGUGUUCACCGCCUUCCGGAUAAAUCAGCGGACCCUGGAAAUCACCAAGGUCCUCGCGUGUCGCUACUCGACAACGAAAAAGCGUUCCAAGAUCUUCGAAUCCGCCGAGGAAGCGAUUGCCGACAUUCCGGAUGGUGCCAAGCUACUCGUGGGUGGCUUCGGGCUGUGCGGUGUUCCAGAGAACCUGAUCGGGGCCUGCGUCCAGAAGGGCAUCAAGGAUCUGACCGUGGUGUCCAACAAUGCCGGCAUCGAUUCCUUCGGAUUGGGAUUGUUCCUGCAGAAGCGCAUGAUCAAACGUAUGAUCGCCUCGUACGUGGGUGAAAAUGCCGAAUUCGAACGUCAGUAUCUGACCGGUGAGCUUGAACUGGAACUCACACCCCAGGGAACGCUGGCCGAGCGGAUCCGCGCCGGAGGUGCCGGCAUUCCUGCCUUCUUCACGCCGACUGCCUUCGGUACCUUAGUUCACGAAGGUGGUGCCCCGAUCAAGUACGGCAAAGAUGGAACCGUCGAAAUUGCCAGCCAACCGCGGCCGGCGCAGAUGUUCAACGGCAAACCAUACAUCAUGGAGGAAGCCAUCACCGGAGAUUUCGCUCUGAUCAAGGCGCAGGUUGCUGACGAAGCUGGCAAUCUGAUCUUUAACAAAUCGGCUCGAAACUUCAAUCCGACCAUGUGCAAAGCUGCCAAGACGACCAUCGUCGAGGUGGAGGAAAUUGUCCCGGUAGGCUCGCUGGAUCCGGAUCAGGUCCAUAUGCCAAGCGUGUUUGUACAUCGCAUCAUCAAGGGAGCCAAAUACGAGAAGCCGAUCGAACGCCUGCGAAUUCGUGAACCGAAGAAGGUUGCAUCGGUUGUGGCCUCCACUCCAGCAGCUAAGCAGCGUGAGCGGAUUGUGAGACGUGUUGCCUUGGAAUAUAAGGAUGGUAUGCACAUCAACUUGGGAAUCGGCAUUCCGGUGUUGUCGUCGAAUUACAUCAAGGGUAUCAAUGUGUUGCUGCAGUCCGAGAACGGUAUUCUAGGACUGGGACCAUUCCCAGAGCGACACGAAGUGGAUCCGGAUCUAAUCAAUGCCGGAAAGGAGAGCGUUACCGUUUUGCCUGGAGCUUCCUACUUCUCGUCGGACGACAGUUUCGCCAUGAUCCGCGGAGGACACAUCGAUAUUACCGUUCUGGGAGCCAUGCAGGUGUCGCAGUUUGGCGAUCUGGCCAACUGGAUGAUUCCCGGUCGCCUGGUGAAGGGUAUGGGUGGAGCUAUGGAUCUGGUGGCUGCCCCCGAUACCAAGUGCAUCGUAACGAUGGAACAUACCGCCAAGGAUGGUUCACACAAAAUUCUCACAGACUGUUCACUGCCAGUGACGGGUAAAAACUGCGUGGACAUGAUCAUCACCGAGAAGGCCGUCUUCGAUGUGGAUCAGGAGCGAGGUCUGAUCCUGAAGGAAAUCGCCGACGGUGUCACGGUGGAGGAAGUCAUCACCAGCACCGGAUGCAACUUUGAGGUAUCGCCCGACCUUAAACCGAUGGGUCAGAUUGAUGAGUAGAAUGGUAGAGGUGAAUGCGUGCGUGUGUUUUUUAUUCGGAAAGAUAUGCUUUAGCUGUAUCUGAUGGUAUCUCAAGAGAAGGGGGAUGUGUUGGUUGCAUGUACAUUUUUAGGGACUCAGGAAAAAGCAUUUGUUUCUUAUGACGGUGUCUUCACUCCGUUGCUUCGGUUGCCACACAAAGAUUAUUAUUACUAGAGUGUUAUAGGUGGAACACUAAGUGUAAAAAACCUUUCUGCUGUUACAGUUGAUAAGUUAUUCGUACGGUCGGAUUGAAAAUAGUUUUUUUUUAAUACAUGCUAUACUAGACUGUA